GAUCUGACCGAAGACAGAUCCACCCGAAAUCCCGGCGAGAGGCUCUCUCCAAGGAUUUAUCCCAUUAGCGACGACGACAGCUUUGAUCCUUGUCCCACCGUCUGUCGGUUUUCAAUGCCACGCAACUCUGCUGAACUUCAAGACCCUCUAUAUCGACAUACUCCCGAUGGCAGCAGACAGAAUCAGCCAAUGACACAGGAAGUGCUCCCGAAUUGUAGUAACAAGGACGAUGACUAUCAAUGUUGCAACUUGCCGGAGUGCCCGAAUAAUAGUCCUCCUCUUCAGGUCACCAACGAUAAGACUUCGCUACAGAUUCCACUAAAUUCGUUGCUUCACUUUCAAUCCCUAGUCAACCCAUCUCAGCAUUCCCGACGUAAUGUCCAACGAUCCCAAAGCGUGCCCAGGCAAAAUUAUAGAAUUGAUAAAUCUAGUCAUCAUAAUACUACCCACGAGCCCUCGACAAAAAGGAUCAAGCCGCCUACACCGUGUGAGUUAAGUGUACCGAGCGGAAACCGAUGUCCCGCCGAUCAAAUUUAUAACCGUGAUAUGGAUACCAGCUGCAGGAAUAACACCUCAUGCGGUUGGAACGAAUGCUCAGAUGUGGGCAUGAACUAUGGAGAGUUUCAGAGACGUCAAUUGCUGUUGCAAAAGAUUCAACAGCAGCAAUAUCAGCAAAAGCAGGCUAGACAGCAGAAUCAGUCGAAUAUUUCUUGGUUGGAAGAUGACGAUCCAAUUGCAUUUGAACCUGACCUCAAUAGCACGCGUAUUAAUCGAGAUGAUCAUCAGCAAUCCCAGCAAUCCCGUUUUCAACCAAAACCAAAUUGUCAGAUGUGCAAUUCUCGCCAGCAUCAAAGUAAGGUGACACGAUCGAUCCUUGAGUGCGAUGAACCACCAGAAAUGGUACGACAUCAAACGCAGUACGAAACCGAUGUUAAUGAAACUAGUUAUCUUCAGCCACCAGAGACUCUGCGAAACGCUAGAAGUUGUCCACAGAGGAAUCCGAAUCUGAGAAACCAGUCAGAUAUUUACCGAGACGCCUGUAUGAAUCAGACACCGAGUUGUCAGCAAUCCAUGAGUAAAAAUCUGAAAUCUAGCUUGGAUCCACCCAAAAGUCAAUAUGGUUGCUGUAGUCAUGGCAGAAGUAUGGAAGAUAGUCACAACUUUAGCCGUUGUGGUACUUCUGCCUCCAAAAAUCAAACCUCUUUGGAAAAGUCUCAAAUGUUGUCAGGGAGGUCGGGCUUGAAUCAAACUUCAUUGGAAAAAACUAAGCGAAACAAUUCAUUGGGAGGACGUCCGAUGCGAAUGGCCAUUGAAACACCUGAGGAUCGAUUGGUUGAGCGCAUUCAGAAAGAGUUUCACGAGACCUUGGUGAAGGAUCGCUUUUGUCCUGGCAUCAUACAAGCCAGUCUCGAUGGAACAGAGGAUUUCAACGAGUACUCCAGGGAGAUUGCUUUUGCAGGACCCGUUCCGGAGGAACCAUAUCCGGUGGAUCCCAUCACCAUGAUAGAGGCCAUCAAGUUGCGAAUCGACCACGAUCGCGAAGAGAUACGCAAAAAAAAGGAUCUGAAUGAGGAGCGUAGUAGGGAUUUGAGGAAUGAAUCAAAGGCGGGAAGGUCGAGGCGUCCACGGCCAACAAUCAUCGAGGAUAUUGAUAUUUAUUUUAAUCCGAAAGCCAAGUCGGAAGUCAAUGGGGGUGUGGCUGCCUUUCUGAAGGCCGAGACUGAGUAUCACAAGACAAGUGUGGGAAAAGAUUCCGCCUUUGAUGCCCAUAUCAAUCGCUUUGAAAGUAAUCUCUUUGAUGAAAAAAUUAAAGUCCAUUCCUAUACGGCCACAACAACGCCCACUUAUCGGUAAAUUUAAAUGGAUUCUCAAUCGGAAAAAUCUAUUUAUGCGGCCUACUGGA